AUGGCAAACGACGAGUACGAUGUGAGUUUUACCGUCCUCUUCUCUUAUCCUUCUCCUUGGUCCCGAAAAGCUUACAAAAUUCCGCUAUUCCCUAGUUUCUAUUCAAAGGUACAAACCCUAUAAGAAGAAAAUAACGCUCCAUCCCCUAAGAGCCUCAUGAUGAUACCCCACCUGCGACCACCAUCGCACAUCAUCUAGAUCCCCUGACCAUGCUAGUGCAGCUAUCGCAUUUAUUGCCCUGUCAUUCGGGAUGAUGUAUUAACGUUUUCCGAUAUAGUUGUCCUUAUUGGAGACUCUGGUGUCGGAAAGUCCAAUCUCCUCAGUCGUUUCACUCGUAACGAAUUUAACUUGGACUCUAAGUCUACUAUCGGCGUGGAGUUUGCCACUCGCUCUAUCCAGGUCGAUACUAAGACCAUCAAAGCCCAGAUUUGGGAUACUGCCGGCCAGGAACGUUAUCGUGCCAUCACCUCCGCCUAUUAUCGCGGAGCUGUCGGGGCUCUACUGGUCUACGAUAUCUCAAAGCAAAUCACCUAUGAUAACGUUACUCGUUGGCUCAAAGAACUCAGGGACCACGCUGACAACAAUAUUGUGAUCAUGCUUGUUGGCAACAAGAGUGAUUUGAGGCACUUGAGAGCUGUUCCGACAGAGGAUGCAAAGAAUUUUGCGGGUUGGUCUCGUGAUCGCCUUAAAUGA